CGUAGGCAAUAGUUGAAAAAUAUUUUUUGAGGAAUUUCUACGCAAUGAAGUUCAUUUGUUUCAUUGCGCUUUUCUUAUUGCCAAACGCCAGCAGUGCAUUGGAAGCCACACCACAAGAUUUGCUGCAAUCGAUUGAACAGAUUGUCGAAGGCAUUAUUGCGAGUGCGCCAGGUCCUCUGAGGCCAAACUAUGUUUUUAAGGUUAUAAAGAAUAUUAUAACCGGGGUGCCGGCACAAAUUGCUAACGGUUUGGCUAACUCCAUUUGUUCAGCGGUAAUAGCCAAGAGCAAGGAUCAAACUCCUGACAAAUAUGAACCCAAUCUGCAGGAUAUUAAUUUCCAAUUUCGUACUGCAUGCGAUAGGCGAGAGUAUUCUAUCGAAGAUCCUUCUAGUCUAGCUGAUGACUCUGAUUUUGAUCCAACGAAAAAAACUGUUAUAUUUUCAACUGGUUGGACAACAACAGUGAAUAACGAAAGGCAUGACGCUUUCUCUAAAGCAUACAAUUGUAGAGGAGACACUAAUUAUUUAGCACUGGAUGUAGGAGAUUAUAUCAACACACUCUACGUUUGGUCCGCACAGAAUACCGAUAAAAUAGGUCAAUACCUUGCAGAAGGCAUACAACACUUGGAGUCGUUCAUAAAUAUCACAGACUUACAUUUAAUUGGUCAUAGUUUGGGCGCACAAAUAAUGGGUUCCGCCGCGCGUUACUACUACGACUCUACAGGUGUCGCAUUGCCCUAUGUGACCGGUAUAGAUCCGGCUUUUCCUUGUUUCAACGAAGGCGAAGAACUCACUACUAUUUCACUAAGUGAUGCAGACUUCGUCGAUAUCAUCCACACAGAUCCCGGUGUUUCUGGCCAAUACCAAGCAUAUGGACAUGCCGACUUCUAUGUUGGUGGUAAAUUUCCAGUACAAGAUGCUUGCAAUAAUCCACAAUGUUCUCACGAAAUCGUCUGGAAAUAUUACACUGAGUCUGUUUAUCCAAAUAAUGAACGGAAUUUCUUGUCAAAACGUUGUAAAUCUUUGAAUAGUCUGCAGGAGGGCAGGUGUGAUGGUGAUGAGUAUCCGAUGGGUUUUGCCGUGCCGCAUUAUUUGAGAGGCAGAUAUGUGCUGGAGGUAAAUUCGGACAAGCCUUAUGGAAAAAAUGCAACCGUGGAUUAUACAGACCCCGAUGAUUCGGUGUGUGGUAGUUGUGAAGAGCUGAAAAAGUGAAUGGAACUCUCACAUUGCAAUGUUAAAUUAUAACCUCUUUUUUUGCCUAAAACGUUUAAAGUUUA